GCAACGUGUAUAGAUUACGAACGAAAAUAAUAGUUUUAUUCGUAGGUUAUUUAUUAUGCAAACAUGUUACACCUACUGUGAAAUAUUUAAUUUAUUUAAUUAAAUAUUUAAUUGUUUAAACAAUUUAUUUAAUUGUGUGAUGAGAAAAAUAAUUAUUUAGGUUUUGAAGCUUUCAACUGCUUUCUGGUUUGGUUGAAAAAUGUCUGCUUUUAUGAUUAUGGUGUUGCUGUUGCAAUUGGCAGCUUUUGCAUUCAGCGACUCAGUCACCUGGAGAGCAUGCCAGGUCAGAGAGCCGUAUAGAGAACGGUUUCCCAGCUCAGGACUGGACAUCAACGCCACGUUCUUAGACUUAAACAACUGCAAUAUUAAAACGCUCAACCCGGGCGCUUUCCACGACUUCCCAAACUUAGAUACCAUACUCUUAUCCGGCAACAAAUUUGAGGAUAUAGACUUAACCAUCUUCACUUCUGUAACUAAAUUAAAUUCUCUGAUGCUCUCGUCUAACAAGUUCAAGGAAAUCCCAAACUUCAGUGAACAUUCACUCCCGAACUUAGAAAAGCUAUCGUUUGCAAAUAAUCAAAUAACUACACUAAACAAUUCAAAAACCUUCUCCCGUACCACACAGCUUCAGAAAUUGUCUCUAGGUUUCAAUUUAAUUGAAUACAUACACCCGGAUAUAUUUAAACCGUUGAUCAAUUUGCGUGAACUGUAUUUAAAUAAUAAUAAGAUAAAAGUUAUAUCGGGAAUAAGUUUCCCGAUAUCGUUGAAGAUAUUUGGACUUUGGACAAUAAUCUGAUAGAAUAUGUUCCGCCGGGUGUGUUCCGUGGAGCUAAGUUCGACGGGCUGCGUUUGGAUUUCAAUAGAAUCUCCUACUUACCA